AACUGCCUCCAGUGUUUCACACAGAUAGAAGAAGUCGGACUUCCUGUUAACUUCCGUAAACAAAAUGCUAGUUAGCUAAUUCAAAAUUAUGAACACGAUAACAUGUAAUGCUUCAAAUUGAUCACUUUAUGCAUGUUGAUUCAAAGGAUUUCCCCCCACCAUCUCGAUGUCUCAUGAAAAUGCCAACUCGUUAACUUCUCACACUGGAAGAAAUGAAGAACUGCUAAAGUGUUCAAAAGCGGAGACAAAUGGAGCAUCUGCAACAGACAGAGUGCUGCCAGUGAGAAUUAAUGGAGGUCCUGGCGUAAGAGCCCGAGAGCCAGUUAUAAAAAAGCUGGGUACCAGCAGCACUGCCUUCAUUGGACCUGUAUGCUGUCCUCCUAAGGCAGUCCAGAGAGCUCCCAAACCCCCAAAAGUAAGGAAACUUUCCAAACCUAACAUUGAAGAGACACUGAGUGAGUUCUACAAAGAGCUUGAGGAGAUUGAUCCAAAAGACAGCGUUGACAGUAGCACGGCCAAAAAUGAAGGAUCAGUUGAAUUACUCACGGCUCAUAACCCACCCCCUGCAAGAGAAGUGUCAAACGCAAGCCAUGGCCAUAAGCAACCUAAUCAUGUGCCUUGCCCACACUGGUAUGACAACGAGCCAUACCAGCCCAGGAGACCGAUACCUAAGGGGCCCAGCUAUGGUCCCUACUCAGAUCAUAAUCACUGGCAACCUCCCCCACCUUUCCACAGUCAGCCAUACUACAGGUUCCACAGACCUCCCCACCGCUUCCUGCCACCACCUCCAAUCCCCUGCCUCCCGCCACUACCUCCCACAGACCACCGGUAUCACCCCCAACGAGAGGGCUCCCAGCAGGUCCCACCUUUUCACAGGUUCCCUGUCCCUGAUGGGUACAGGAACUCUCCAGACUUGGAUGGCCAUGCCUUUCCCCCACAGCACUCUAAUAACAGAGACAGAGGGGGCUACGGUUGGAGAGAUGACAAGUAUGAUCAGCAGGGUAAUGACCAGCCUUAUAACCAGCAAGGUUCUUCUGAAUGGCAGCAGAGGUUUGACAGAGCACCUGAGCCAACUCUACCAGAGGAUCAGCACCAACCACCAGAAGAUAAAACAUAUGACUAUGAUCCUUCUCUGGUUCUCAUUCUGAUGAGGGGAGCCCCGGGAUCUGGAAAAUCAACACUGGCCAGGGAACUGCUGUCGACAGGCUCCAGUGGGCAGGUUCUGAGUACAGAUGACUACUUCUCCCAGGAAGAAGGCUACCUCUACGAUCCCAGUCUGCUGGGGGCCGCACACCAAUGGAACCAGAACCGAGCCCAAGAAGCCAUGUGUAAAUGCUGUUCUCCCAUCAUUAUUGAUAACACAAAUAUGCAAGCUUGGGAAAUGAAGCCAUAUGUUAAACUGGCCUUGGAGAGAGGAUACAGUGUCAACUUUCAUGAGCCUCACACCAGCUGGAAAUUUGAUCCCGUCGAGUUAGAGAAGAGAAACAAGCACAGUGUGUCAAGGGAGAAGAUUGGGCAGAUGCUGGAGCGGUUUGAGCUGCCCAUAUCAUUGGACAUUGUGAUGAACUCCCAGGAGCCCAUUAGACCCACAAGACAUCCCUCACAGCAGCAGAGACACACAUGGGCCAACCACUCAGACUUCCACUAGUCUCGAUGUCCUGGUGUAUUCAUUAGUGUACACCAUAGCAAAAUGUUCUUCACUUUCGCAAAACGCUAUGCGAAGGAAAACAAAAGCAAGUCUUUCCUAUUGCAAGUUUAAGUAGUCCCUCCCCAUUUCUGCUUUUCCCCCCCUAGUAAAUACAACCCUGAUGACUAUCAACCAACCACAGUCAAUGAUCAGAGACAGAGUUGUAUUACAAAUGUCUUUUUUUAAAUGAUACUACCAGCAUUUUACAGGAUUGUUACUGUAUUUGAUUUAUACUGGCAGAAUUUAAACCUAUUUUUGUGAAAAUAACAUUUUCAGUGGCACUGAAGUAACUUUUUUUCCUAUGUAUUUCAACUGUAUAAAUUACAGGGUUUUUAUUUAUUUUUACUAUUUUCUCCAUUGUAGAAUAGUAGUGACAUCAAAACUAUGAAAUAACACAUGGAAUCAUGUAGUAACCAAAAAAGGGUUAAACAAAUCUAAAUAUAUUUUAUAU